AUGACGCAGCUUUCGCAGAACUUGCUGCUGCCGAUUCUGUACGAGGCAGCAGCAGCAAGAGCCUCUGCGCAGUGGGUCGAGCCUUCAAAGGGCCAGCUGGAAGCUGGUCAACCUGCUGCUGCUGCUGCUGCUGCUGCUGCGGGACCAGCAGCAGGCAGAGAGGAAGAAGCAGCACGAGCUCAGCCGGCUGAGCCCGCGGGCCUGCAGCUGCUGCUGAACGCCCAGUGGCUGGGGGCCACUCAGCAGACGAGCAGCAGCAGCAGCAGCAGCAGCAGCAGCAGCAGCUCAGGGCCCGUGACCUCGUUGGUAGCUGUGGGGGGCAGCAGCAGCAGCAGCAAGCCUGAAUACUACGAAGUCACCAGCGACCUCUUAAUUGGCUGCGACGGCGCCAGCUCGAGGGUACGCCGCUGGGCGGGGGCCCCCCUGCUGGGGGGCCCCCCCCUGCAGCACUUUUUAAACAUAACAUUUUGGUCCAAAGAGCUGUCAGAAGCAAUACAGCAGCAAGAGGAAGCUCCUGCUGCAGGCAUUAUCUCAGACUGCGGGGCCCCCGAGAGGCCUCUGGGGGGCUCCGUUGGGGGCCCCCAAGAGGGGCCCCCGCAGCCCAAGGGGGCCCCCCGCGACAGCGGGGCCCCCUCUCAGGGGCCCCCGCACACCAGUGAGAAGGGCCCCCAGGGGGCCCCCUGCUGGGGGCCCCUGGAGGGCCCCGGGCACUCCGCGCUGCUCCGCUACAAAGGCCGGGGCAUGCUGUACUAUGUGCUGGGGGCAGAGUGCAUAGGAGUGGUGGUUUGCCACUGUUUUAAAAAGGGUUUAUUUGUGGCACACAUCCCUUUCUUUCCCCUGGACGAGGGGCCCCAGGGGGGCCCCCGGAGGGGCCCCUCCAGAAGCCUUUGGAGGGGCCCCCCGGAGGCCCACGCAGACACAAAACAGGCUGAAGAGCUCAUCCAACGCAUUGCCGGAACUCCCCUUUCUGACAUUCGAGUCCAAGACGUUAGGCCCUGGCAGAUGGUCGCGAAAGUUGCGGCCCAGUACCUCCCGGAGGGGCCCCCGGGGGGCCCCGGGGGGCCCCUCUGGGGGGCCCCCGGGGGCCCCCCCAACUGCGCUGCCCAUGGCGACCGCAGCUCCGACCCGCAGCAGCACUGCAGUGGCCCUGAGACGGUCGAACGCCCACCCUCAGGGGGCCCCAUGGGGGCCCCCGAGGGGGCCCCCGAGAGGGCCCCUGCUGCUGGGGGCCCCCUUUGGGGGCCCCUCAGGGGUCGGGUGCUGCUGGCGGGGGAUGCUGCGCACUGUCUGCCCCCAGCUGGGGGCCUGGGUAUGAAUUUGGGCCUCGCAGACUGCUUGAAUGCCUCCUGGAAAAUUGCCCAGUGUUACCACCUCCGACAAGGCCCAUUCGCCCCUCAGCAGCAGCAGCAGCAGCAGCAGCAGCAGCAGCAACACCAGUGCGGGGACCCGGCGGGAAAGAUCUUGAAGAGCUACGAAGAGGAGCGCAGACUCGUGGCAGAAGUAAACCCUAAUCCCUGUCUGAAGAACACUGCGCGGCGGCAAGUAGCAUGCAGCAGCUGCCGCAGCAACAGCGGCAGCAGCAGCUGCUGCUGCCGCAGCAACAGCAGCAGCAGCAAGCUUGUGCGUGUGUGCGUGUGCUGCAGUACACCUGCGCUGUUGCCCGCAAGAACUUCUCCGCGGGCCGCUGCAUCCCCGAAGUGCUGGGGCUCCACUGGGGAGCAGCAGCAACAGCAGCACGAUGCCUGUCAGCAGCAGCAAAUGCUGCAGCUUCAGCAGCAGCAACUGUUGCAGCAGCAGUUGGCCUCCAGGGGCUCGGCAGCGUCGCAGCAGAGGCCUCAAGGCGAAUCGCCGGUGGGGCCCUGGAGCUGCUCAUGA